UCUAAGUAAGAAAGAGAGAGAAUUCUUAAUUUCAAUCAAAUGGCUUCCAAAAUUAUACUAUACUCUAUCCUCGUUUUCAGGAUUUUCACUCUCAUGUUGUUAGCAGCUUUCAUCGCACUCACAGUCACCAACAACUUCAAGGCAGCCGGCACUAAAGUCAAAUUCAGCGACGUCAAAAGUUACAGGUAUAUACUUGCUGUGGGAGCGGCGGGUGCUCUAUACACGUUAAUUCAAUUGCCCUUUGCCAUGUAUCAUGCCGUGAAGGAGAAGAGGAUGAUCCGGGGCAAAUUUCUGCCUAAUUUUGAUUUCUAUGGGGACAAGGUAAUAAGUUUUCUCUUGGCAAGUGGAGUUGGUGUUGGGUUUAGUGCGAGUGUUGAGUUAAAAGAUACUAUUGGUUCGUUGGUGGACAAUUUUGAAUUUGUAUUGGCUAAAGAUAAUCUUAUAAGUUUUGAUGGAAUCGAAGAAUUUAGAAGAGAAUUGAAUAAGUUUUUUGAUAGAGAGAUGAUAGCAACUGGCAUUCUCGUAGGAGGCUUUGCUACUAUGGCUAUUCUCUCCAUUCUUUCAUCACUUAACAAGUCUGGGAGAAGCUUCUGAAAUGUUCAAAUUGUACCAAAUAAUUCUAAAUAAUUAAAUCCCAUUUGUAUGCCAUUAUUCUAGAUGAUGAUAUCAUUUCCUAAUAAAGGUUUUGGAAAUUUUCCUAUUGUAGAUGUUCAGUAUGUUUGGAUGAAUGUCAAUGCAUCCUUAUUAUUAUUACUAGUUAUCACACGCGCGUUGCGCGAUUAAAUCAA